GAUCAUCACUGUCAAUAAUAAUAAAUCGUCAUCUCCAUUCAUUCAUUUCUCUCUCUUUCUUCAUUUAUCUCUCGCCCCCCACAACCCAUCCACUCUUUUCUGUCUUUUCCUUCUUCUUCUUUCUUUCUUUCCUUCUCUUCUUCCUCCUCUGUCUGUCAUUUUUGCAGAGCAGCGGCUGCAGUUUUGGUAUCGGGGAUGGUGAUGAUGAUGGUGCUGCUCUUCUCAUCCCCAUCAACCCCUUUUCUUAUUCUUUAAUUCUUUUUCGGUGGUGGGUUUUUUUGAGAGUUAAAAAAACAGAGUAAGAAGCAGGAGGAAUAAAAAUCAAAUCUGAGAGAGAGAGAUAGAGAGAGAGUUGUACUGGGCAUAGAAAAAAGAAAGAUAGAAAGAAGGUGAAGUCCAGCACUAACUCAUAGGAGAAAGAGAGAAAGGAAUUCACUUUCUCUCUCAAUCUUUCCAGUUGUCUAAUCCCACCUCCCUUUUCCUCCUUAACUUCCCCAUCAUCAUCCUCCUCUCACUCACCAACCUCCUCUUUGUCCCACCUCAAUUCCACACACUCUGUUGAGAUCCGCCGCUUAAUGUACCACCACCGGAUGCGACGCUGCUAUACGAAGCGGUUCUGACAAGAAGAUGCAAGGAGGUGGAGGAGGGACGCAAUCCCAUUACGGAGUUGUAGUUUCUUCAGCUGCUGAAGCAAGUACUGCUGCUGCUCCGUCCAUGGCGGCGGAGGCAGCAGACCAAGCGCAUGUGGUGGAAGAGGCCUCGCCUAUCAGCAGCAGGCCGCCGGCUGGAGGAGCAAUCUCCGCCGUCAACUUGGACGAGCUCAUGACGCUGUCCGGCGCGGCAGCUGACGUGGCAGCAGAUCAAGGCGGUGGUGGCGGUGGAGGGUCCGGCGGGAACAGAUGGCCGCGUCAGGAGACACUGGCGCUUCUCAAGAUUCGUUCCGAGAUGGACGUGGCCUUCCGCGACGCCACUCUCAAAGGUCCCCUAUGGGAAGAUGUUUCCAGGAAGCUAGCGGAGUUGGGAUACAAGAGGAAUGCCAAGAAGUGCAAAGAGAAAUUCGAGAACGUUCACAAGUAUUACAAACGGACCAAAGAAGGCCGCGCCGGAAGGCAAGACGGCAAGAGUUACAAGUUUUUCAGUGAGCUUGAGGCGCUCCACGGCUCCCCCUCCCCCAACGUGUCGGCUUCUCCGCCUGUACACGUCACCACCGCCGCUGCUGCCCCGGUUUCUAUUGGCUUCGGAUCCAUCAGCAACCCCAUGCCCAUUUCGUCUUUCCGGAUGACUGGUGGGAAUACUUCUACUGUGCCAAUUAUGUCCACGCAAGCUACUGGUGCAAUUCCUAUAAUGCCCUCGUCACAGCCACCGCUGCCUGCGAGCACCGCCGCUCCGAUGGAUAUUAAUUUCUCAUCCAACAGCUCGUCCUCGUCCCAUGGCGAGGAUGAGGACUACGAGGACGACGAUGAGGUGGCGGGAGAGCCGCCGGCGAACACGAGCCGGAAGAGGAAGAGAGGGACGUCGUCGAGAGAGAGCGGUGGGAGCACGAGGAGGAUGAUGGAGUUUUUCGAGAUUCUGAUGAAGCAAGUGAUGCAGAAGCAAGAGACGAUGCAGCAGAGGUUUCUGGAAGUGAUUGAGAAGAGAGAGCAGGAUCGAAACAUAAGGGAAGAAGCUUGGAAGAGGCAAGAGAUGGCCAGGCUGACUAGAGAGCACGAGCUCAUGACUCAAGAGCGAGCGAUUUCAGCUUCCAGAGACGCCGCGAUUAUCGCAUUUCUGCAGAAAAUUACCGGCCAGACUAUCCAAUUGCCUCCGCCGCUAAACGUGCACAAUGCUCCUCCGCCGCCAGUGCCGCCGUCUGUGUCGGUCCAUGUCACGCCUGUAUCAGCACCACCGCCACCUCUAGCGCAACAACAGUCACUACACCAAGUUCAUCAGCAUCAACCACAGCAGCAGACUCCACCUACUCAAAUUUCACGGCAUCAAAUUCGAACUUCGAUCCCUCCAACUCCUAGUGCUAAUCAGACGGAGGUAGUUAUGGCUGUGCCGGAGCAACAGGUGGCACAGUCGCAGGAGAUUGUAGUCGGUAGUGGAGGAGGUUUCGAGGCGACAACCUCAUCUUCGAGGUGGCCGAAGGCUGAAGUUCUCGCACUGAUAAAGCUGAGGAGCGGAUUGGAGACUAGGUAUCAAGAGGCUGGGCCGAAAGGGCCACUUUGGGAGGAGAUUUCCGCAGGGAUGCAGCGAAUGGGGUACAAGAGGAAUCCCAAGAGGUGCAAAGAGAAAUGGGAGAACAUCAACAAGUACUUCAAGAAAGUGAAGGAGAGCAACAAGGUUAGGCCGGAAGAUGCGAAAACGUGUCCCUAUUUUCACGAACUUGAUGCACUCUACCGGAAAAGGAUACUCGGCGGUGGCCCUAGCGGAGGAAGCAGCAGCUCAUUGGGUAAUCAGACCGUCCAACAACAGCCACAACAAGCACCGCCGCAGCCGAAAUUGGAUUCUGCUGCCCAAGGGACAGUGGCAAAUACACAACAAACACAAGGAACAGUAGCAGCUACUGAUCAAUCAGUAAACAAGAGUGGAGAUGAUAGCCCAAAUCUGCAAAAAAAUCUAUUCGGAGAUGCACCUGAAGAGGCAGCCAAGAAGCCAGAAGACAUUGUGAAGGAGUUGAUGGGGCAACAACAACAACAUCAUCAUCAAGUUCUCAACCAACAAGGGGUACAACAGCAAUUAGUAGUAGAAGACUACGAUAGAGUCGAGGAAGGUGAUAGCGACGUUAAUCUCGAUCAAGAUGAGGAGGAAGACGAAGAGGACGAAGAGGAUGAAGAAAUGGAUGACGAGAGCAGGAAGAUGGAUUAUAAGAUAGAGUUUCAGAAGCAACAAAACACAGGCCCUUCAUCUAAUGGGGGAGGCAAUGGGGCACCCUCCUUCUUGGCAAUGGUUCAGUGAUCAGUCCUAUGAUGAUCUCGACCUUCCUUUGGCCCUAAAUCUGUACAAUAUGUACGUAUCUACAUGUUCAGAAGCUCAAGUAAGAUACCUAACAUCUAUCUGAGCUUGAAAAUCCAUGAUAGCCUUUAAAUUCCUCUACUUUCUUUCUUCUUUUGUUGUUAAAUUUUCUUCUUUUGGUCUCCAUCAUCACCACCAUCAGUCUUCUUCUGUUUUUUGUUGUUUCUCCUUCUUCUUCUACUUCUUUUCUACUUCAAUUGGGUAGGGAGAGAGAGUUCAUGUAUAGCUUCUCUGAGAUGAAUUAAUAUCUUGGAUGGCAAGUACUCAUCAUCAUUUGUAUCAGUUUUUCCAAUUUAUUGAUUUAUUGGUGAAUAAAGAACCGUUAAAAAA